AUGCCGAUAUCAAAUAAUUUUAGUGAAAGUCGUAUGACUAAAACAACAAUUCGUUUGGAUCCAACAGAAGCUCAAAAACGACGACAAGCUCAAAAUAUACAACGUACUCCCAUUAUAUUUAAUAAUAAUGAUCAAUCUCAAAAUGCUAAUAAUCAAUUACAAUCAACUGAAUCUUAUCCAUAUAAAACUAAUACAUAUUCAAUUGUUGAAAGUCCUUCAUUAAAUCGUGAUCCUUCACCACCAAUCAUUAGUCGUGGUAGUCCACGUAUGUUUCGUGUUAAACGAGUUUCUCGUGUUCAACAAUCUCCACCACCACCACCACCAGCGGCAUCACUACCCGUAAAGUCUUCUGAAAAAGAAGUAACAACAAAAAGUGUUAUUAUCAAAGAUACUACAAGUCGUGGAACAACACCACCACCAGCUUCUUUUUUUGAUACUUUCCCUAAAAAUCAAACUGUAUAUUAUCCAACAGCAUAUGACAUGAGAGGUCAACAAGCGGUACCAACUGUUCGUUAUCGAACACCAUCACCAUCAAUUCAUCCUACAACAACAACAACAACAUCAGAAGUAACUGUUCAACAACAACCUCAAACAAAUGCUUCAACAACAACAAAAACGACUACUCGAAUUUUAGAUGCAAAAACUUUACCAACACUUGCUGAGGAUUCUUUUAUUGAAGAAACAAAAACAACAACAACAAUUAUUAAACCUAUAGAAAUUCCAACAGCACCAGCAGUAGUUACAUCAUCAGUUACAACUGUGCCUCAACCUCAAAUAGCAACAACAACAACAGCAGUUGUACCAGCUGUUGAAACAACAACCAUUCGUGAAAGGCCAACAUAUCGUACGCAUCGACGUCGACGUAUACGAACAAACUCACCAUCAACAUUUUCAACUUAUACAACUAGUUCAACAGGUUCAUAUACAACAAGUUCUUAUACAACCAAUUCAACAAUUACACCACGACCUCAUAUUAUAAAACAACAUACUAUUUUACCACCACGACCACCUAUUCAAACAACAAUUAUUAAUGAUCCACCAACAACAAUUGUACCUGAACGUCGUUUUAUUCAUCAUGUUCGUCGUACACGUACUCAUAGUGGUUAUUAUUCAUCGGAUCUUGAUUUUGGAAAACGAAAAGUUUAUAAAUCUGAUUAUAAAUAUCGUCAUUAUUAUUAUUGUAAUUGGUGUAAAGGACGUUGUGAUUUACCAAAUAGUUCAUGUAGUUGUUGUGAAUGGUUUUAUGGUUGUCCAUUAUGGGGAUUAAUAUUACUUGGAUUAUUACUUCUUGCUUUAAUUGUAACAUUUUUUACUUUACUUGGUUUACAACCAACUAUAAAUUCAGCACGUCGAAGUCAAACAGCUGAAACACAAUUAUUAAAUCGUACACAAAUAAUUUAUGGUUAUUUACAAAAUUGUGGUUAUCAAGCAAAUUCACCAACAACAUUAGUUUUAUGUUCAAAUACUGGAACAACAUCAACAUCACGUAUUGAAUUAUCAUCUUAUUAUAUGACAUCGAAAAGUAUAAAAUAUUCAUUUUAUAAUCAAUCUUUGAUUUUAGGUUUUUUUUGUAUUUAUUCUUACUUUUUCGUGCAAAUAAAUUGA